CGCCGGGUCCUAAAGCCGCGCGCCUCAGGAGGAUGGUACGCCUGGCGGCCGAGCUGCUGCUGCUGCUGGGGCUGCUGCUGCUCACGCUGCACAUCACGGUGCUGCGCGGUUCGGGAGCCGCCGACGGGCCGGACGCGGCCGCGGCCAACGCCAGCCGGACGCAGCUGCAGAAUAACCUCAACAUGGAAAGUGCCUCGACAUUGGAAACCAGCUCUCCUCUCUCCAAAGAAACACCAGGGGAGCAUUCGGACCACCAGGCUGCACACCAACCAUUCCCCAGACAGCAAUUCCAUCAAGAGGCUGGGCCCCCUUCAUUGCAAAGAGAUGGUCCCAGAUCCUUUCUCCUUGAUCUACCAAACUUUCCAGAUCUUUCCAAAGCUGAUAUCAAUGGGCAGAAUCCAAAUAUCCAGGUCACCAUAGAGGUGGUGGACGGUCCUGACUCUGAAGCAGAUAAAGAUCAGCAUCCGGAGAAUAAGCCCAGCUGGUCAGUCCCAUCCCCCGACUGGCGGGCCUGGUGGCAGAGGUCCUUGUCCUUGGCGAGGGCCAACGGCGGGGACCAGGACUACAAGUACGACAGUACCUCAGACGACAGCAACUUCCUCAACCCCCCUGGGGGGUGGGACCGUCCGGCCCCAGGCCACCGGACUUUUGAAUCCAAAGAGCAGCCAGAAUAUGCAAGAAAGUAUAGAGCAAUUUCUAAGUAUUUAUCCCUGUGUCGGGUGCUGUGGAGGAUACAAGGAGAGAAUAAACAGCCCAGGAAGGUGAGGUCCACGCUCUGGCAAAGCAGUGCAUGUCACGUCACUGAGGACUUGCUGCCUCGUCUGAGACCAGCUACAAUUGCCACAGGAACUGGGCUUAGUGGAAGACAUCUAUCUCAAAUAUUUGAAGAUUCCACAGACGGUGAGGGAGACUGGAGUCUCUGGUCUGUUUGCAGCGUCACCUGUGGGAACGGCAACCAGAAACGGACCAGGUCUUGUGGCUACGCAUGCACUGCAACCGAAUCUAGGACGUGUGACCGUCCAAACUGCCCAGGAAUCGAAGACACCUUCAGGACAGCUGCCACCGAAGUGAGUCUGCUUGCGGGAAGUGAAGAGUUUAAUGCCACCAAACUGUUCGAAGUUGACACGGACAGCUGUGAGCGCUGGAUGAGCUGCAAGAGCGAGUUCCUAAAGAAGUACAUGCACAAGGUGAUCAAUGACCUGCCCAGCUGCCCCUGCUCCUACCCCACCGAGGUGGCCUACAGCACAGCCGACAUCUUCGACCGCAUCAAGCGCAAGGACUUCCGCUGGAAGGAUGCCAGCGGGCCCAAGGAGAAGCUGGAGAUCUACAAGCCCACGGCCCGGUACUGCAUUCGCUCCAUGCUGUCCCUGGAGAGCACCACACUGGCCGCCCAGCACUGUUGCUAUGGCGACAACAUGCAGCUCAUCACCAGGGGCAAAGGAGCAGGGACGCCCAAUCUCAUCAGCACUGAGUUCUCAGCGGAGCUCCACUACAAAGUGGACAUCCUGCCCUGGAUUAUCUGCAAGGGCGACUGGAGCAGGUAUAACGAGGCCCGACCUCCCAACAACGGACAGAAGUGCACAGAGAGCCCCUCAGACGAAGAUUAUAUCAAGCAGUUUCAAGAGGCCAGAGAGUAUUAAAGAGACACCACCUCUGUUGUUCGUGACACAAACACACUGCACUGAUCCGCCACCUGGCACAGAGUCUCUCUUACCCGCAUACAUGUAUAUGUACAUAUACCGCGUAUUUGUCAUAAGCUACACUAGGGGUGUGCGCCAGGCCCUUGUGACUGCCAUCUGAAGCCACCGUUGCCUCUUCAAUGCCAAUGGCUUCCUUGGAACUCUUCCUAGGGGGGAUGUCCUCAGGAGGAUGGGGAGAAAGAAGCUGGAAGAAGAACCUGGAGGUCAUAGCAGGUGGGAUUCAACUCACACCCCAGAUCCAGCAUUUCCGAGAGAAGCAAAGGGGCAAAGAGAAUGAAGUUGUAAACGUGAUAAGCAGUUUUUAUAUAUAACUUAUUUAAUAUGAAUGUGACUUAUACGUCACCUUUCCUCUGGAGUUGUCAUCGUGAAACUAUUUAAUCACUUCCAUGAGAGUUCAGAAAGGGGCUUAGGGAGAUGGAAGAGAAAGGGAAUUUUGUAGUAAUGACUUCUUUAAAAAUAAAGAAUUCAACAGAAAGAUAUCAAAACAAGAAAACACCCACCUGAAACCAAGUGUUAGUUAGCCAGUGAGGUACCUUGAUGAAGUCUCAGCUUCCAAAUGCCCUUGCCUCAGCCUGGAUAGGGACUGAGGGGCAAAUGGGUAUUUUAGGAGAAAAUCUGAGGCCUGGUUUUAAAUGGACUUUAAAACAAAGGCCAGUAUUAACACAACGCUAUGAUUCUACUAAAAGACCCCAGAAUAGAAUUUCUGCUCUUGCCUUAAAAUAGGUUCAGAAGGCUACAGGAAGGUCAGACAUAAAUACAAGGAGUAGCACUUUUCCAAAUAAAAAAUGCAAAACAAAUGGGGAGAGAACAUGAACUUCAUUUCAUCUAUUUUAUUUUAAUACCAUCGUAACAAUUUUUUUCUCCACAUUAUAUUCUCAGUAAAUAAAUAUAAAAACAAGGAGAGGAACUCAAGUCUAGGAAACCCUAAUUUUUUUAUGUUUUAAGAAAGAAAAAAAAUACAUUAUUUUUGUAAAGUAUUUAUUGAGUCACUGAGUCUUGUGCAUCAAGCAAUUGUAAUAUGGCCUGGUUCUGUAGGGUGGAACUUAGGACAAAUAAAGAGUUGGUUCUUAUGCAAUCUUUACUUGCAAAACUCCAGGAAAAGAGAUUACAUAAUAAAAUCAUAAUAAAACGUGUUACCUACAGUAAAUGUGUUACCUUCACAUAUUUAUGAUACAAAUUCCAUAAAUAGCCCUGGUAAAGCAGGGCUUCAAGGCAGGGGAGAGGAAGGUUCAAACCAGGUAGAAUAAAAGGCUCAUUGAUUGAUGUGAUGGUGGGUGGUAUAAGUCAUAGCAUCUUUGGCACCAAGAAUAUCAACUCUACCCCCAGGAGGCUAGAGCUCAUUGAUACACGUGCAACUUUUUGCCCACCCAGAGCUAAGAAAGAGCUAAGAAAUCCAAGCCAGAGCAAAGGCUUAAGACAGCGCAGGUGAGUGGGACUGCUUCCAGACAAAAUUCUGCAAUUACAGUAAUAAGUAGAACUCCUCAUUGUGCAAAUUAUUCCAUUUCCAGAUGAGGAAACCAAAGCUCAGAAAAAAAUAGAUCACAUUGGAUCUAUCAUUCAUUUCCUAGUCCAGUGCUCUAUCUACUAUAUCAGCCUACCCCUAGGUUCUCAUAAUAAAAUCUUGUUUUAAUGGAAAAGCUCUUAUCAGUCAUUUACACUUUAGAAUGAGUUAUCCAUG